GGGGGAUUGAGGUCGCUGAUUGGCUCAAAGGAAGCACCAUAACUACACGAAGUUUAUAUUCAUUCAGCUUGCUCAAGUGGUUAAACUACUGUAGGGAGAGGGCAGCCAAGCUGGACAGCGUUUCUGCACAAAAAAAAACAAAUGGCAUUUGUGGACGCGGAAUGGCUUAAAAGAUAAACUCUGGUUAAAAAAUGGCAAGCUCUGACAGCGAAGUGAAAACCUUACUUAACUUCGUGAAUUUGGCUUCAAGCGACAUCAAGGCGGCCCUGGACAAAUCGGCCCCAUGUAGACGCUCCGUGGACCACAGGAAGUACCUUCAGAAGCAGCUAAAGCGUUUCUCGCAGAAGUGCCCGAGGACUCCUCGCUGCCACACACACAGAAUCAGCGAGUCCGGUGCUGCUAAACUAACCGAAGACAAGCGUGGUAUGUUUACGCACGAGCGUGCUAAAAACCUUUUGAACGAAAAGCAAAAUACGCAUACAUGUGGAGAAGAGAACGUGGAUGGAAACCCAUACAGUGAGAACCGGAGCGCACCGGGUCACAUUCCCAUGCGCAAACGCCAACUCCCGGCUUCCUUCUGGGAAGAACCGCGCUCCUCUCACAUCAGUUUUGAAUACGCGUGGAAAAGCCACUCGAGUGGGACUGUAGGGUAUGGAUCUGCCGAGACUGAUGGACAGAAAAGAACCACGAUUGAAGAUGAACUGAAAGCUAACUCGUGGUUGCGCGUUCGGAGAGGAUCUUCUGACCUGGAGCCUCUUAAGGUGGAUCUGACCUCCACCAACGUGGCUCUGUGCGCAUACUGUCCACUUCAGUGCCACGGACACCGUCUUCUCCACAGCCAUCUAAUAACACCACACAGUGCAUUUACCGAACCGGGGCUAAGGGCUAAAAUACCUGCGAAUGAACUGGACAUGCAAAAAAUCAAGGAUGGACUGAAAUACCGUUCAACGCACGUCGUAGUCAAACCAAUUCCAACCAAACCGGUCUCUUCGUCCAUUUUCAGUGUGUUCGGCUUUAUUUAGGCUUCUGCGGGUAUGCCUGGACAUUACUGUCAUAGAUACAAAUGUCAGAGACCACGAACUGUAAAUAUUUGGCCAUUUAAAGAGUUAAGUCUGUAUACAUUGUCUUGAUAUGUAAAUAUUGACGGCAUUUAGAAGUAUUAGGCCUGUCAAUGUCUUAAUGAAGCACUUAAAGGGCCAAUAAACAUGUAGCAUGCUCAGAAAAAAAGGUAUACUCUCAUGCCACUUAGGCUGGGUUUAGUCUAGCGUUUACAAGACUGUUUUAGAAACUUUAACAUUUCAUAGAUUAUUAACAUUGUUGGAAUUGUAGUUGAAAUACUGGGGUUAAAAUAUACAUCAGUUUGGGUUUAUGAGCGCUAAUGUGUCUGUACAGAAAAAAAGGGACAUUUCAUAACACAGGCUAUUUUUUUAUAGAGUUUGAUUUAAAAAACAACAACUUGGUAAUACAUGUAAACUUUGAAAUAGUCAUCAUGAUUAGAAAGCACUACCAGCUA